AUGGCCGGCACAAGGAACUAUGACUUCCUCAUCAAAUUACUGUUGAUAGGCGACUCGGGCGUGGGCAAGUCGUGCUGUUUGCUACGAUUUAGCGAGGAUUCCUUUACACCUUCCUUCAUUACAACUAUUGGCAUCGACUUCAAGAUCCGGACGAUCGAGCUGGAUGGCAAGCGCGUGAAGCUGCAGAUAUGGGACACAGCGGGCCAGGAACGGUUCCGGACCAUCACCACGGCGUACUACAGAGGUGCGAUGGGUAUCCUGUUGGUGUACGAUGUUACGGAUGAGAAGAGUUUCAACAACAUCCGAACCUGGUUCUCCAACGUCGAGCAGCAUGCCAGCGAAGGCGUGAACAAAAUCCUCAUUGGCAACAAGUGCGAUUGGGAGGAAAAGCGAGCCGUGUCGACUGAGCAAGGGCAACAGCUGGCCAAUGAGCUCAACAUACCAUUCAUGGAGGUUUCCGCGAAGAGCAACAUCAACGUCGAGAAGGCCUUCUUCAGUCUAGCGAGCGAUAUCAAGAAGAAGCUCUUGGACACACAACAACCGCAACAGCAGCAACAACAAUCUGGCGUACAAGUAGGCAGUAAUGCUGGUGGAUUGGGGGGCGGCCUGGGCAAGAAUUGCUGCUAG